GUCGACCUAAGACAUCCACAGCAAACUCCUGCUUAGGCUUCUAACGUGAAAAAAAGUCUUCCCAUCAUGACGACCGUGACCGUGGGCUUAGUGGGCGGUGCAGGCGUCGCCGCCGCCGCCGCCGUCGCCGGGGCCGUGGGCUUAGGCCUUCUGGCGCUGGCGGGAAUAGGACGCCGCAGCAGCAGGCGCAGCAGCAGGCGUAGCUAUAGGCACAAGAAUAGCCACAGGUACGGCAGGGAGGCACCGGCAGCGGAGAAGCAGGAGCAGGAGCAGGCCGCCGCCCUUGAGAACCUGCUGGAGGACGUGCGGCUGCAGGACGAGACGGGCUGCGGCAGGAGGCUCCUGUGCGAGCUGGCGAAGGAGGACGAGCAGGAGCUCUCGCAGGAGGAGUUCGACAUCCUCAGCCUGGUUGGCCCCGACGUGAAGCCCGGCGAGGGUCUCCUGCCCCCCUUCAGCGCCACCGGGGAGUACGCGCGCGCCAGGGCCUUCGGCAGGAAGGGCGGGGACUGCGACGCCGCCUUCCCCCUGUGCCCCUUCAACGGCUCGCAGCUCAUGGACAACGUCAUGGCCUACUUUGUCAAUGCUUCAUUCAUUGACAGAGAGAAACAGAAUGAGGAGAAAAUGGUGUAUGGAGAAAGUCAGAGAAAGAAAAAGGAAGACAGGGAAAAGGAUAAGGAGGGGAAGGGAAAUCAGCGUCGGGAGUUGCAGAAGGAGACUCUUGGCCAAUGUUGCACUGCAUGUGACACGGUGGCAGAAGUAACAACCUUCAAUGCAGAUGACCGUUGCCAUGACGACCAUCACCGUGAGCGCCUCGAGCGUGGCCGCCGCCGCCGCCGCGGGCGCCGCCGGCUGGGGCUGCUGGGCCUGGGGGCGCUCGCAGUGGGCGGGCGCCGCCGCCGCAGGGGCCACAGGGGCUCGCGGAAGAAGCCCAGCAGCGGCGGCUACAGCAGGCGGCGCAGGAGUGUGGAGGAGGCGCUGGCCCUGCAGGAGGAGCAGGAGGAGGCGGAGGCGUUGGAGGCGGCGCUGGAGAUCAUCCGCGAGAAGGACGUGAGCGGCUGCGGCCUCCUGCUGGUGUGCGACCUCGCCCGCAGGGACCGCGGCGACCUCGGCCCCGAGGAGGCCACCGUCCUCGACCUCAUCGGCCCCGCCACCCCCGGCACGGGCGUGUUCCCCCCCGGUGCCGUCGGGGACUACAGGUACGCCAAGGCACUGGGCCAGGCGGGCGUGGCGUGCCCCGAGGCCUUCCCUUCCUGCCCCUUCAACGGCACCCAGCUCCUUGACACCUUCCUGACGUACGUGCCAUGAAACCCGACUCGAAAAGGGGGAGGCUGUGUGUUAUAAGUUUGUUUGUAAUUUAAGGAAUUAAUGGAUUUCUAUUUAUAUGGUGUUUAAUUGUAGUUAUUGGUGUAUGUAUGCGCUUAUGUAGGUGUAUAUUCACAGCACACACACACACACACACGCGCGCGGCCGAGUAUGUACACAAACAUACAUAAAUACUGGUAGGAAUAUGCAUACAUGCCUGAGUGAACACGUACAACUUUCGUUUCUUUGUUAUCUGUAUGCUGAUAUUGUAGACUUAAGCACGGUAGAGUGUAUUUCGUUUCAAAUAAAA